AGAUACACCAACCUUGAAUCCAAGUUGAGGUUACUUGUUGUUGUUGUUGCCGCUGCUGCUACUGUUGUUGUGGUCCUCGGUCAUAGGUGGAGGGUAGAUGGGUGCCGCGGAAGAAGGAGCAUUGUUGUUGUUGUUGUUGACAUUGCCUUCUUCUCGCGACAUGACAAGAGCCGCGCGGGGGUCCGCCUUCCACUUCCUCAAGGGUCUCUACAACGCUCCCAAGGGCCACCGCCUCCUCGCCGCCUCCCAGGCCCUCCGCCUCAACGCCCCCCGCGUCUGCGGCAGCUUCGCCGUCUGGGGCGGCCUCUUCUCCACCUUCGACUGCACCAUGGUCUACCUCCGCCAGAAGGAGGACCCCUGGAACUCCGGCGCCGGCGGCUUCCUCUCCAUGCGCCAGGGCCUCCCCGCCUCCACCCGCUCCGCCGCGUUCGGCGGCGUUCUUCUCGCCCUCAUCGAGGGCGCCGGCAUCAUGCUCAACAAGUUCCUCAGCGCCCAGCAGCCCAUGCCCAUCAUCAUCGACGAGCCUUUACCCCCCAGCGGGAUGCCCGCUCCUCUGACUCCGCCAUCUGACUCCGCUGUGCCGUCGUGGCUCGGCGGCUGGUUCGGCGGCGAGAAGAAGGACGAGCCUGUGGGUGCUGGAGGAAAGAGGUUUAGGUAG